AUGAUGAGACCACUCAGCGCUCGACCGCUUGCGAGGCUCGGUGGAAGUCGUUGGGUACAGAGGCCUGGCUUUGGAGCUGCUAGGAGCUUCUCAUCGAGUGUUCGACGGUUUCAAAGCGAGGGUGAGGUUGAGAGGAAGUGGUCUACACCUCUGGCCAAGCAGCUCUUUGAGGCCAUCUCUACAACCGGCCCUGUUCCUUUGGCGAGCUACAUGCGCAUGUGCUUGACGGGCGAUCUUGGAGGCUACUACACCGGAGCCAUUGGCGAGGGACGGGAUCAGUUUGGAGCAAAGGGCGACUUUGUGACAUCACCAGAGAUAUCCCAGAUCUUUGGAGAACUCAUUGGUAUCUGGUUUCUCGCUGAAUGGAUCAGCCAAGGUCGACCUAAGCAGGGCGUGCAGCUCAUCGAGGUUGGGCCCGGCCGAGGUACUCUGAUGGACGACAUGCUUCGGACGAUCCAGAGGUUCCCUGCAAUGUCUAACAGUAUUGACGCCAUCUACAUGGUCGAGGCGAGCCGCGAGUUGAGGGACGCCCAGAAGCAGCUUCUCUGCGGUCCGGAUGCUUCAUCAUCAGAGUCCAAGGCUGGCUUCCAUAGCCCGAGCAAGUAUAACGGGAAACAGAUUGUCUGGACUGACACCAUCAAAUCCAUUCCCAUCGAACCCGACAAGACGCCCUUCAUCAUCGCCCACGAGUUCUUUGACGCUCUCCCCAUCCACAGCUUCCAGUCAGCUCCAGCCCCUCCACCACAAAGCAAGCCUUCCGCCUCUCCUCAACCACAGCAGCCGUCACACGACACCAAGCCCACCAUGGAGUGGCGCGAGAUGAUGGUAUCGCCAACUCCCCCCGGUGCAACCCACGCCGACCUCGGCACGCCCAAGUCGGAGCAGCAUGAGCCUCCCCCCGAGUUCCAGCUCAUCCUAUCCUCAGGAACCACGCGGCACUCGCGCUUCCUCCCCGAAUCGUCGCCCCGGUACCGAAAGCUCAAGAACGUCCCGGACUCGAUCAUCGAGGUUUGUCCAGAUGCCUCCAUCUACGCCACCGACUUUGCCGCUCGCAUCGGCGGCUCUCCCCAGCAUCCCAAGACCAAGCCUAGCGGUGCGGCUCUCAUCCUUGACUACGGCACCUCUGACACCAUCCCCAUCAACUCCCUCCGCGGCAUCCGCCAGCACCGCCGCGUGAGCCCCUUUUCCGCCCCGGGUCUCGUCGACCUGAGCGCCGACGUCGACUUUACUGCCAUUGCCGAGGUGGCCACCUUGGCGAGCGAGGGCGUUGAGGUCCACGGUCCCAUCAACCAGGGAGAUUUCCUUGAGUUGAUGGGCAUUCGUGAGCGCGCCGAGAUGUUGACCAAGGCCCCUGGCGUCGACAAGGAGACUGCUGGCAAGAUCGAUGGAGCGUGGAAGAGACUUGUUGACAAGGGGCCUGAUGGUAUGGGCAAGCUCUACAAGGCUCUGGCUAUUCUACCAGAGAACGAUGGACGAAGACGACCUGUUGGAUUUGGAGGUGAUGUCAAUGCUUAG